ACCUCAUCUCUGUGCUGCCUAGAGGAGCGACCCCGCAUCAGUCCCAGGCUGUAGUCCACCUGGAACCGCGAUAUAAGUAAUAGGUUACGAGGUCAGAUCCUGCAAUGGGAUGUAGUCUCUCUCGGAUGAGCGAAACCAAGAGACAAACCCAGAGAGAGCGUCCGUCGAAACCUGUACAGUAACGUCAUAUUCGUGCAGAGCCGGCAAGCCGACUGAAAGCAGCAGCUCUGCCGCCGAACCGAAAUGUCGGAUGUCACGUCACCAACUCCAGAACCUCCUCAAAUCGUCAACCCUCCACCUCCCGAGGUGACGAACGCCACUAAACCCGGCCGCAAGACCAAUCAGCUGCAGUACAUGCAGAAUGUCGUGGUCAAGACUCUGUGGAGGCAUCAGUUCGCCUGGCCUUUUUACCAGCCAGUCGACGCCAUCAAGCUCGGAUUGCCGGAUUAUCACAAGAUAAUAAAGAAUCCUAUGGAUAUGGGCACCAUCAAGAAAAGGCUAGAGAACGUGUACUACUGGAGCGCCAGUGAAUGUAUGCAAGACUUCAAUACAAUGUUUACCAACUGUUACAUCUACAACAAGCCAACAGAUGACAUCGUUUUAAUGGCUCAAGCAUUGGAGAAGAUCUUCCUGCAGAAGGUUGCUCUGAUGCCCCAAGAGGAAGUGGAGCUGCUUCCUCCUGCCCCUAAAGGCAAAGGCCGGAAACCUGGACCAGGUCAGCAGGAGGGGACAGUGACUUCUGGCUCGCCAACCUCAGCAUUCCCGGGUGCCACUUCGCCAGGCUCUCAACCGCCAGUCAUCUCUCCUCCAGUGCCUGCUGUCACACCCAGCACACCCACUGUACAGAACACACCCGCCACCCCCAUCAUGCCUGGCAUGCCUCCCUCGCAACCCUUCGGCAAAAAAGGGGUAAAGAGGAAAGCAGACACCACCACACCCACUACCUCUGCCAUCACGGCCAGCAGCAGCGAAUCGCCCAACCCUCUCUCCGAAAGCAAGCAAGCCAAAGUGGCACUGCGGAGAGAGAGCACCGGGCGAGCCAUCAAACCACCGAAAAAGGACUUGGACGAUGGAGAAGCGGGUCAGCCCGGAGGCAAACGAGGCCGGCUCACGGAGCACCUCAAACACUGCGACACCAUCCUGAAAGAAAUGCUGUCCAAGAAGCACGCUGCGUACGCCUGGCCGUUUUACAAGCCCGUUGACGCCGAAGCACUCGAACUGCACGACUACCAUGACAUCAUCAAACACCCCAUGGACUUAAGUACAGUCAAAAAAAAGAUGGACGCUCGGGAGUAUCCAGAUGCACAGAGCUUCGCCUCUGACGUGCGAUUAAUGUUCUCAAAUUGUUAUAAGUACAACCCACCUGAUCACGAGGUUGUCGCCAUGGCACGUAAACUGCAGGACAUGUUUGAGAUGCGCUUCGCUAAGAUGCCCGACGAGCCGGCGGAGGUGAACGUGGCGGGCGCUGCUGCUGGAGCGGGCGUGGUCAGUAAAAGCACGGCGAGCAGUGAGAGCAGCGGCGACUCCUCUAGUUCGGACAGCUCCGACUCUGAGGAGGAGAGAGCCACACGCCUCGCCGAGCUGCAGGAACAGGUGGGUGCGGAACAGCUGAAAGCCGUCCACGAGCAGCUAGCUGCUCUGUCGCAGGCUCCUGUCAGCAAACCAAAGAAGAAGAAAGAGAAGAAGGACAAGGACAAGAAGAAGAAAGACAAUAAGCUCAACAAAGGCAAGCUAGAGGACGAUAAGAAGCCAAAAGCGGGGCAGCUUGUGAAACCGCCCCAGCCGAAAAAGGCGCCGGCCAGGAAAGCUAACAGCACUGUCCCUGGCAACAGGCAAGCUAAGAAGGGCGCCAGAGGCUACGAAUCGGAGGACGAAGACACGGCUCUACCCAUGACGUACGACGAGAAGCGGCAGCUGAGUCUGGACAUCAACCGGCUGCCCGGAGAGAAGCUGGGCCGGGUGGUACACAUCAUCCAGUCCCGCGAGCCCUCGCUGCGAGACUCCAACCCCGACGAGAUCGAGAUCGACUUCGAGACGCUCAAACCCUCCACCCUGCGUGAGCUCGAGCGAUACGUCAAAACCUGUUUACAGAAGAAACAGAGGAGACCUUUACAGAAAGGUGGCGCCGGACCAGGGUCGGGUCCCUCACGGCUCAGCGGAAGCAGCAGCUCUUCAGACUCGGGCAGCAGCAGCUCCAGCGGCUCCACUUCAGACAGCAGUGACUCCGACUGAUCCCUUUUUUAUUUCCACUUUUAAUUUCUUCUUCUCCUUUUUUUUUUUUUUUUUUUUUUUUAAAUGUCGUAUGCAGUCGUGAUCGUUUCCUCUAAGACUUUUUAUAAGAGAGAGAGAGAAAAAACAAUGAAAAUGCAUCAUGUCUGAACUCGAUUUUGUUUUUCUAAGAAAUACUGUUAUGGGGGGGGGGAUGACAAAAAAAAAAAAUCAAGUUAAAUUAAGUGAUUUACGUAUUUCCACUGACCACAAAAGGGAUGUUUUUUUUUUAGAUAAGCCAAGCUAUAAAAAAAAAAUAAAAAACAUUUCCGAAGCGUCCGUGGAUGCAGUGGAUACAGAAUCUUCACAACCUGCUUGUUGGGGGGAUUAAAAAAAAAAAAAAAACACCAGAGGGCAAGAAAGAAAAAUACCCGGAGCUCAUGGACAGCUUUUCUUUGUGUGUUUUUGUUUUUAAAUGCUCCUCUUCAUGCGCAGGCUGUGUAUUUAUUUUUGUAUUUUUUCUUGAUUUCUUUACAGCUGAAUUUUUUUUUUUCCUGUCUUCCUUGCUUUUUUUUUUUUUUUUUUUCCUUUAUACUCCUUUGUGCCAUCAAUAGAUUCAUGUAAAUUUUUUUCUCGUUUUUUUUUAAAUAUAAAUAUAUAAACAUUUCACAGAAAUCAGUGAUGUAUCCGUGUCCACUCGGACGGUCAUCUGCUUCCAUGUUUUAGAACUAAGAAAGACAGACAAUUCUUAAGUCACCCUAAAAUAUUGCAUUUUUGUAAAGCGGCUUCACAACGAGUGUGUGAGAGUGAGUGAGAGAGAGAGAGAGAGAGAGAGAGAAGUAGUGAUCAAUCCAACACUCAGUGCAUCGAGGUGCUAGUCUUCCUUUUUUUUUUUCUUUUUUUUUU